AUGUCUCUACAAGGCAAGAAUGUUGUCCUAACUGGGGCUUCCAUGGGGAUUGGCGAGGCCAUUGCUACCUCUAUUGUUGAGGCUGGGGCAAAUAUUUGCCUUCUGUCACGCUCUGAGGACAAACUCAAGGAGUUGAUGGAGAGACUUGCUACUGGCUCCGGACCUAACGUCACGAUUACCUACCAACCUGUCGACGUCGGUCAUUUUGAGAGUGUCGAGAAGGCCGUCAUGGGAGCCAUCGACCAGCUAGGUGACAUUGAUAUUCUCAUAAACAAUGCCGGUCUCGCGCUCGGAGCUCCUAAUCCAUUCAACGACCUUACCCAUUCUCAAAUUACGACCAUGAACAACACCAACAUCAAUGGAUAUAUGUAUAUGACCUACGCUGUCCUCAACAGGGCUAUGCUCAAGAAGAAGGCCGGAACCAUUCUGAACGUGACCUCUAUCACCGGCCUGGAGGUUCCCCCUUUCCCCGGUGAAGCAGUCUAUCACGCCAACAAGGCCUGCCAAGAGGCCUUCACCAACGCCAUCCGUAACGAGUUGAAUGGUACCGAUAUUCGUGUUCUUGCCCUACGUCCAGGCUGUGUCGCCACCAAUUUCCAUUCUCAACGCGUUGGACACAACAAGGAGAUGUACGAUUCUUUUUUUGAGGGAUUCGAGCCUUUGAUUGCCCCAGAUAUCGCUCGCGCCGCUGUGUUCAUGCUCGACCAACCCUUGAACGUGUCAAUCAAGGCUCUUGACGUUGUCCCCUCAGCGCAACGCUCGAUUACUGUUUUUGAUCGUAAGUGGAAUGAGCGACACUGA